UCACAGGUCAGCUGGUGUGCGCAGGAGUAGAUGCGCGUGGAUCCACCUCUUUGGUUUCUCUUCCGCAUAGCGAGGUCAUAUAAAACAAACACUUCUUUAAUCUUUGCCCUCGUUUGUAGACAGUGACCAGGACUGAGGCAGACACGGUUCACAAAGCUCACCGAAAGAUAUCUACAGAUACCAGGAUACAUCUUAGCAAUCUCCGUGAUGUCAGAAUUUACACAGGACGGUGAAUUGCAGUCUGAUAACUUUACAGAUUUUUCUGUGGUGAGGAACCGGUUGGAAUCGUUCCGUGGCUGUGGCCUGGCAGAACAGGUGCCUGCAGAGAGACUGGCCCAGGCCGGCUUCUACUUCACCGGCCACGGCGACCGUGUCAAAUGCUUCAGCUGUCGUGAGACUGUAGAAAACUGGCAGACGGGAGAUGCGCCUGUAGAGAGACAUAAACAGGUGUCUCCAUGCUGCAUAUUUCUCAAAUGCGUUCAUUCCAAUCACUUCAAACCAAAUGGUUUUCUAUACGAAGAAGAAUCACCUGAGAAUUAUCCUUUGAGAACAGGCGAAGUUGUUGAUGAAUCCACGUAUCCAAUGGCUCCACACAUGAGGAACGAGGAGGCCAGGCUCCAGACCUUCUCUUCCUGGCCAUCGAAUUCGCCCGUGAGACCACAGGAUCUGGCCGAGGCUGGCUUUUACUACACAGGAGUUAACGACGCAGUGCAGUGUUUUUGCUGUGCUGGCAUGUUGAGUGGCUGGGAGCCAGGAGACACGGCCUGGGGAGAACAUGCCAGACAUUAUAAUUUUUGCUUCUUUAUACUUGGACAUGAUGUGGGUAAUGUCCCGUUACAGAGGAGUACAAUGGAGGAGGACAGUGAAGUCAGGCGACACCAAAACACGCGCGGCCGUUUUGAAGCGAGGCUGGAGAGUUUUUCAGGUGUCCAGCAUCCCAUACAGGGGAGUACAAUGGAGGAGGACAGUGAAGUCAGGAGACAUCAAAACACCUGCGGCCGUAUGAGCAGUUUUGAAGCGAGGCUGGAGAGUUUUUCAGGUGUCCAGCAUCCCAUUGACCAUGAGAGACUUGCCAGAGCUGGCUUCUACAGCACAGGCACUGGAGACAGGGUGCUGUGUUUCUGCUGUGGUGAAGGCUUGCUGGGCUGGCAGCAAGAUGAAGACCCAUGGGAGGAACAUGCCCUUCAUUACCCAGGGUGCCCUUUCCUCAUAGAAGAAAAGGGACAAGAAUUUGUCAACAACAUUCAGCUGCGAGGCGCACGUCAGAAUAGAGCUACUUCAAGUUCUCAGAAUGGAUUGUCUGCAAAUAGAAAUGAGCUGCUGCAUUCUGCCCUGGCACGAGAGGCCAUAGAGAAGGGACUCGACCCCUGUGUGGUGGAGAAGACCAUCAAGGAGAAGUUGCGUCAGACCGGCUCAGGUUAUUGUAGCCUGGAGGAACUUCUAGAAGAUGCCAUAAAGAACACACCGACGAGUGGAGCGACUCCGUUGGAGGAUAAAGAUGAGGAUCCCGUAGAAAAACUGCGGGAGCUUCAGAGGGAGAAACAGUGUAAAAUAUGUAUGGACAGAGAUGUUAGCGUGGUCUUCAUCCCCUGUGGACACCUGGUUAGCUGUGACAGCUGCUCAAAGUCGCUCGUCAAAUGUCCAAUAUGCUGUGGAGCCAUAUCACAGAAGAUCAAAACAUACAUUUCCUAAAGGAAUCCACAGACAGUCUCUUACUGACCUGCAUUGCUGCUUACACAGCGUGUUUAUAAUGUUCUAUUUUAAUAAUAAAAAAGAUGUAAAAUGCUUAUAAUAUAUUCCGAGACAAUACUCUGACGGCUGACACAGAUAUUUGAAAUUUAUAUUUUGACAAUCUUUGAGAUUGUUUUGUACAGAUGAGCGUGUAUAUAGUCAACAUUGAUUCACAUAAUGUUCAGUGGAUACACUACUCUCCUACUAGAGGGGCCUUCCUCCGGUAGUUGUCUCUUUGUGGGUUUAGUUUAACUCUGGAUGCUGAGCAACACUUAACUAAACACCAGUUGUUGGUUUGAUUUCAGUUUCUUUCAUUUCAUAAAGUGUUUUAUUUUUUUAACAAACUUUUUGCUCUGUUUGAAUUUUAUUGAUACCAUAAAUAAUUGCUAUUACGAUUUUACUGUAACAAAUCAACUCCUGUUUUGGACCAGUAAUUCAUCAGUUUGCUAUUAAAUCAUUACCAUUCCAUUAUACAUUUUGUUUUCCCGACAGUGAAUAAAUCUGAUUGAUUUGACUUGGAGCAUGAAUUUUUUUAACAGAUUGCCAUUGCAUUUUAUAGCUUUUCAUAACAAAAUUGUAAUUUUAUUAAAUUCUGUCAAAAAAAA